AUGUCGGAUUCUGAGGAUGCAGGAAUGGCAGCAGCUGCGGAGAGGGCAGCAGCCGCGGAGAGGGCGAUAGAGGAAUUGAGGAAGAAAGUCCAGCUAGCGAUGGACAAGAUCGCUGCGUUAGAGAGUGCUGGGAAGGCAGCAGGUGGUCAAGCUGGGUGGCCAGCUGGAGGAGGUGUACAUGCCGGGGGUGGGCCCGGUGGAUCAGGGAGACUAUUUUUUGACAAGGACGGAAAGAUCGAUCCAAAUCAAUUUUUUUCAGAGAGGGGAAGAAGCCCCAUGUGUGGUACGGUGGGCACGAGCAGCAGGUGACGAGAGGAGUGCAGCAGCAGAGCAGCCGCCACAACCACGUCCUUGCAGGGCACAGCCGGUACGAGCAUCAGCAGCAACUGGUACCCAAUGAACGCCCACGCCCUCCCGCUGCUCCCCCUCCCGAGCAGUAGCACCAAUGCAGCUGCUGUGGAGAGAAAGGUCAUGUACAUCAGUAUUGCAAGUUCAACCUCGCCCGCGGACCGUUUCAGCAGCGGAGGAACGGUGCCUUUGGCGGCGGGUCUGUGUUCCAGCAGCAGCAGCAGCAACAACAGCAGAAGCCAGGCGUCGUGAAUGGCAGCACUGGCGGAUUUCAGCAGCAUCCGCGGCAACAACAGCUGGCGGCCGGCUCCACCCGUGGUGUGGUUGGACAGGUGAGUGGUGGGGUGUUUGCUGGCGAGAAGGUGGGGGGGGGCUGCUGCCGGUUCGUUUGUGGCGUGUUUGCUGGUAAAAGCCCCCGCCAAUGUAUCUUCUCCCAACGCAGUUACGCACCCCGCCACUUAUUCUCCCCCGUGACCCACGACAUAACGUGUAGCACCUGCAG